AAGAGACGCCGAGGAAGGUGAGAAGAUUUAAUUUUGAUUUCUCUUCAAAGUGCUAAAGGAUUUACAAGAGAGAUUUUUUUAGGGUUUUUGAGUAUCUCGCUCGCUACGGUUUUACAGAGAUUUCUUCUCCAAUAUGGAUUCGAUGGUGAAUCAGAAGACUGUGUUGGCUGUGACGGAUGAUGUGGUGUUACCUGUUAGCUCUGUUCUUACUAUCAUGGAAGAGCUUGGAAAGGAGCCUUGUGAUCCUCUGAUUAUUACUCAAGCAUCCACAAUUAAUCAGUUUCCUUUGGAUUCUUCCUCAGUGGAUGCUGUUUUAGCCAUUUCCAAAACAUCUGAUUUUCCCAGUGACAAAAUUUGUGGUGAGUUCUCAAGAAUCUUGAAGCCUGGUGGCAUAGUUUUUGUGUGCAAGAAUUUGGACGGUGAAGCGGAGGAAAUGCAACAGACCAUUCAAAGGAGAGUGACGUUGGCUGGUUUUCUGGAGCCGCAGUGUCUUGAUUUGAAAUCAAUUAAGUUGUCUUCAUUCAGUUUAUCCUUUGGGAUUAAGGCAAAGAAACCUUCUUGGAAGAUUGGUUCAUCAUUUGCUCUCAAAAAGCCUGCAAAAGUUCUCUUAAAGGUUAAUUUAGACGAGGACUCGGAUCUUAUUGAUGAAGAUUCUCUUUUAACAGAGGAGGACUUGAAGAAGCCACAGCUUCCUGCUGCCAGCGGUUGUGAGACCACCAAAAAAGCUUGCAAGAACUGCGUCUGUGGUAGAGCUGAGAUUGAGGAGAAAGCUGUGAAGCUGGGCCUCACAGAGGAUCAAAUUGAGAAUCCACAAUCAUCAUGUGGCAGCUGUGGGCUCGGUGAUGCCUUCCGCUGCGGUACAUGCCCUUACAAGGGUUUGCCACCUUUCAAAUUAGGCGAGAAGGUUUCCCUAUCUCAAAACUUCCUUGAAGCUGACAUAUAAGCAUGUGCGAGGCCAAAACAUUUUGCUAAUGGCAGAGUAGUUUCACUGUUUACUGUGUCCUUUCGUAUAAUUUGUUUGUUGGUACUUCUUAUUUUGUCGCUCUAAAGGCUUUAUAGAAAAUUGUUGGUGUUACCUACAAAGCACACAAACCUUAGUAUCAAUGAAGAACAGUUUUGCAUUUGGCUAAAUAAUUAUUUGUGUUUGUCUGGCUUGGACCUUA